AUGAGUAUCAAUUUCCCUUCCUCAACUACUCUCUUUUUCUUUCUCAACAUUCUCUUCUUUGUCACUGUAAGUGGACAAGCUCCAAGCGUAGCUGACCCUCCUUCAGCACCAGUGCUUGAUGCCAUGGACAACAAUUCUUCUCAACCAAUGUCUUGUUGCGCUUCACUGGCUUCCAUGGAUAGUAAUUCUUCUUCAUUGAUGUCUAUUUUUGGUUCACCACCUCCGUUAAUGACUCCAAACUGUACAUGCUCCAUAAACACUAAAAGGUUAAUCAUCUGCUAUCUCCCACUUUAUGGGGUACAGUCGUCGCCUGCUCGACUAGCUUGUUGCCUCCAAUUGCGCUUCCUUGGUAAAGCUAAAGCUCGUUCCAGCAUUUAUAAGACCAUUAACGAUAAGAUCUUAAGGCCUGUCAUCCAAAAGCAAGUGUACCUGUUAUUACUUGCAUGUCAUUUGUAG